GAGCAGCUGACGUCAUUUCCAGCGGAGGGAACUCAACCCGGAAAAGGGUGUUGGCUGAAGGAGAGGAAGAAGCAGAACCAGUACCAGACCAGAAUCCUGAGCUGCAUCUUGACCUGGACUCGGAAUUGGACCGGAACCUCGACCAGCUGAGACCUGGGACACUGUACUAAUCCACACAGCCGCAGUUUGAUCCGGAGCGCUCUGCUAGCCGCUAACUAGCUAACAUUCCGGAAGGGAAGAUGAGUGGCGGGAUGAACAGCAUCGACGCAGUGAAGAAGAAGAUCAAGGUUCUGCAGGAGCAGGCGGAGGAGGCGGAGGAGCGGGCGGAGCAGCUGCAGCGGGAUGUGGAGAAGGAGAAGAGGACCAGGGAGGAGGCGGAGGGAGAGGUGACGUCUCUGAGCCGGCGACUGCAGCUCAGCGAGGAGAACCUGGACCGGGUCCAGGAGCGUUUGGCUGCCGCACUGCGCAAGCUGGACGAGGUGGAGAAGGUCGCUGAUGAGAGCGAGAGGUCAGUGACCUAGGUCCACCUGUAGCAG